AUGGCCGACCCAACCUCCACCCCACGCAUCACCGCCCCCUACCUCGACGCCUUCACGAACCGCACUAUCCGCCUCACCGGCCGCGUCAUGCAGCUGCGCGGCGAGUCGGCCACGAUCGACAGCGAUGGCGUCGUCACGGCGCACCUGAACCGCGACGCCCACCUGACCGUCGGCCACGCGGUCGAGGUCGUCGGCAAGGUGAACCAGGAUUUGAGCGUGAAGGUGCUCAUGGCUUUGGAUAUGGGUCGGGAGGUCGACAUGGAAGCUAUCAAAGCCGUCGUCGACGCCACGCAUCGGUACAAGGAGAUCUUUUACGCCGCUGCCGCAUAG